AUGGCUGCACCACCAUCUGCUGAUGAUCUUAUACAAAGAUCUUUCUUUUCUAGUAUUUUUAAUGUAAGAUUAAAAACUAACAAAUAUAGUCAAAAUCAUGUAGAUUCAUCAAGAUAUACCUACAAAGAACCGAUGGUACGUUACAAUGAAAUUGACGAAAGGAUUGUACGAAAUUCGCAAAUAUCAGAAUACAUGGUUGAAGUACCAAAUAAUAUAUCAAAUGGUUAUUCUCAAAAUCAGUCAAACCAGUUAAAUUGCUUACCUAUAAAUGAUAAUAUUAAUACAGAAAUUUAUAAACCUCCAGUACCUUUAAAUAAUAAUUGUAAUGAUGAUAUAUUACUUGUUCCUUCUGAUAAUAUAUCAACAGAUAUAAUGUCACCACAAGAAAUUUAUAAUGAAAUUAUAACAGAAACUGCAGAAUUUGAACAUUCAAAAUAUUUCAAUAAUGAAAAUCAAUAUUAUAAUCAAGAUACAAUUGUUUCAGGAAUUGAACCUUCUUAUCCAAUUGUACCUCUUAAUAAUAAUUCUGAUUUAUCAUUACAAACAUUACCCCAAAAUAACAAUGAACUUUAUUUAAAUUAUAAUACAACAGAAACAUUAGAAAAACCAAUAGCUUUACAAAAUCAAAAUUAUGAACUAAAUAAUCAAGUAGCACAACGAGUAACAGAAUAUAUUACUCCAUAUAUAAAUAUUAAUCAAAAUAUAAAUUUAGAACAAAUAAUAAAAGUUGUUAUUGCAACUAUGAAAGAAUCAACAAUAUUUCCAUUAAUAACACAAUCAAAUAAAAAUAAUCCAUCAAAAUAUCAAAUGCAACAUCAUGAAUCACCAGAAGCUAUUCUUCAAAGAAAACGCCAACAAAAUAAUGAAGCAGCUGCAAGAUAUCGUCAACGUCAAAAAGAAGCUAAAAAGAAAUUUAAUAAAGAAAUUAAUUUAGUUAAAGAAAAAAAUUGUUUAUUAAAAAAGCAAGUAGCGAUGCUUGAAAAAGAAAUAAAACUUAUUGAAAAUGUUCUAAUUAAAAAUAGUUAA